CGCAGUGUGCGCCGAGUUGUUGUGGGGGUGACGUCGUGUAUAUGUUAGACGAAACGAGACCAGCGGAUCGAGUCCCGACCAUGUGUUUAUGUUUUUAUUGACGACGCUGCUUACCGAUUUCAUCUGUGCAAACGUUGUGCGUUAUUUAUUUGUGCUGUGGACGGGGGUUUAUUUUUGUUGAUGCUCUUUUACUUUGUGUUGUCCGGUGCCGGUUUUGUGUUUUAUUUUGUUUUUUAAACGUUUUUGGGAUAUCGACGCCGUUUUUGAUUCGGGACAAUCAGCUGCAAAGAUUUGGAUUAGAGCUGAGAUGGAUGUAAUAAGGAUAAGUUGCAAUUAAGGUGUGAUGGCUAGGGCCGGGAUGGCAUUAAGAAGGGGUCAGAAUCAAGGAAAUACAGAUGGUGGUACCGAUGAUGUUCAACGUUCUAUUGAACUUUUAGAUCGGGUGCUUUCGGAGUUUGAUGACGUCGAAAAUGCGAAUCAAGUUCAGAAUAUUCAACAAAUUACCACAUCAACGUCGACUCCACAACUCCGCAACGAAAACAACACACCAAAUUCUAGUACCAACACGGCGGCCAUCAACUCUACGCCAGACGACGAGAGUCCAUCUCUGGGCCACCAAUCUGAAGACGACGGCUACAUGAGUAUGAACGGGAGAAAGGCUAAAUUCAACCUGGGUUUCAAAGCACUAGCAGAAAUACCAGUGCACCACGAGACCAUUCAACAGGUUCAAACUGUCGGCAACAUAAUUGACAUAAAUGAUUAUCCUCCAGAUGAUUUUCCUCCACCACCGGAGGAAGCAGAAAGACUAAUAGCAACACUCCUGCCCAAUAUAUCUCCAUCACAUAAACCCAAAUCAACUAGCAGGAACAAGGGUUUCCAAAUGUCCCAGUUGCCGGUCCGCAUGGAUACCAUACCGCCGCCGCAAAAAUUCCAGAACAUUGGGGACUAUAAUCCAAUUAUCAAUGGACUGCCCGAUCCGAUCCACACUGCCACACAAACGACAUUGCCAAAAACGAGACAUCAACGUCCAUAUGGGUGGGAAAACAACGAUUUUACGUUGAGUCCUCCUCCACCUCCGCCAGGUUAUCGUUUUGGUAGUUUACCUUUUCAACAUGGCAUGUAUCCCCUUACUUCUCCCACAAGAGGACCCCAAAGAAUAUCACCAUCUCAAAGAAUAUCUCAAAGAAGUUCUAUGGAGAGAAGGCGAGAGGUUAAGAGAAGUUGUAGUGAAGAUCUUUCAAGUGAUACCGAAGACAAUGUUUUGCGACCAUUGAGUGAAUUAGCGGAUGACGAACAUUUCUCCGACGAUUCGUUGGAGGAAAUGCUACCACCACCUCCUCCCAAUUGUAAUAAAAGAGCAAGCAUUGCCUGGGAAGUUCCGUUGGAUGACGAUCCCCUUCUUCGCCCAGGAAGUACUAAAGUUAUAGGUCGUCGGAGACGAAAAUCGGGAAGUUGUUCGAGUACCAGUUCCAUACCGAACAGACUUAAAGAAUUGGAUGACUGGCCUGAUCCGCCUCCAAACUGUACCACAGAGGAUGAAGUCACGUCGCCCUUCUCGGAUUCCGACGAUCACGUGAUACUCCCUCCGGAGGUUAAUUCAAAUCUGAGUGGUACCAGUACAUAUGUGAUACGAAAGGGGAAAAAAGAUAGGAAGUCGUUGGGAAAUGUAGCCGGUUCCUGUACUUCGAAUUCAAGCAUCAAUUCGAGGUUGAGUUCUGAGUUCAGUAUACCAGCUUCGAGGUACAGCACUGAUCUGAACUCGAGGCUGAGUCGUGAAUUGAACACUCCAAAUUCUAGGUACAGCGUAGAUUUAGGCACACCUCAUUUCAGAUUGAGUCAGGAACUGAACUCCCCAAAGUCAAGACUGAGCCUGGAUUUAACAAAUGCACGUCAACUGAGCCAAGAACUAAGCAGUUCUCCCUCACGACUAAGCAUAGAUUUAUCUAGCUCUAGAUCAAGCACUCCCCACAGUAAACACGGCGAGAACAAGAAACACAGCACUACGUUCGAUAACAUAAAAUCGCUGAUAAGAGAAGGGAAAAUCGAGAAUUAUUCUUCGCCUAAUGAGGAAAAAGUGACAGAAUUAUCGCCUCAGAUUACACCCAUUGUUAGAGUUGUGUCAUUGCCCAGUCUCAAUGCUGAGGAGUUUACUCCUACCAGGCAACUGGAUACAACAGUGGAAGAGGAAGAGGACACGGAAACGUCCCAGCAAAGCGCCGAAAUUUCUCCUCUGAGAAAAAUCGAACAAAACAUCUCGGAACUGCUGGAACGACGAGAUAUCGAAGUGGUGGAGGGUGACAAAUUUAUUUUAAAUGGAGUGGAGAACUUGUCUAAAGAUAGAAAGGGUAAGAAGAAAGCUCCGUCCAAACCCGUGAGGGAAUCAAAAAUUGCAGAUAGACACAAAAUGCACGAUUUACAAAAGAGUAGCAGUAAUAAUGAGAUACAGAAGACGGAGGAUUAUUAUAGGCAACUACUGAUAGAAGGUGGUACACCAUUUCCGAAACGUAACGGCAUCCAGAAAUCAGAAAGCGCCAAGGAAAUGUUGAUUGCCCAUAGAGAAAAUCGUCCUUUAACCACGUCCACUUCUGCCGAUUUUCCUGUUCGUGUGGAAAUCCACCAGCAUGAAUUCCCUCCCCUUCCUCCGUCGCCUGUCGAAGAAGAUGAGGAUGAAUAUUCGGAGAUAUUAGCUCCAGGUCAGAAAGUCCAGUCUGAAAGCCUUCCCAAAAACCAUGAAGCACCCUUAGUGCCUCCCCAUCGUGAACCUAGUUCAAGUAGUUUAAAAACCCGCUCGAUGGACGCUAAUUAUAACCGUGGUAGGAGAAGCAAUUAUUACAACAGUUCGAAUAGAAAUAUACCGCCAGAACGAAGAACUUUGCCAAAUGAUCCACAGGAGAAACGAAGAGCCUAUCAAAAGAGGUCAUCACAUUCACCACAAGAGGAGCUGCACAUGCAGACUUCCUGCAGUUUACCCGAAACGCCGAUAUUUGCUAGAGGUUGUGACAUUCCAAGAACACCCCAUAGAAGGGCACCAGAUAUUCCGGGCAGUCAGACAGCCCCCAGACAGAGCAACACUAUGGGUAGUUUAAACACCAUAGGUAACUUGUCGACCGGCGGUUACAGAAGAGGCAUGUCCCACUCCGGACUCGAACAAGCCAUGGUUGGAGCGGAAUUGUUGCGGCUCGCAGGAGGACCCGGUCGAGGAUGGUACCCGAAGCAAAGACACAGGAGACCCGCAUCUAUUGAACAUUUAGAUAGGUUAGCUCCUGGCCAGAAUCCUUGGGAAUCGAACAGGAAGCCGCUUACACUCCCACCGAAUUUAACCCCAAAGUUCUUUCAAAGGUCCCCCAGAGACGCUCUUAGAAGAGUAACAAGUUUAUUGAUUAGAAAAGGAAACAAUGGUAAGGAACCGAAGAAAGAGAAAGAGAUAGUAUCUCCAACGAUUCACGAAAACGCCAAUGUUUCCGGGGAAGAAACGCAGAAAAAGAAAGGCUUCUUCAAGAACUUCUGGAAGAGGUCCAGACAUUACUCCUUAGAGCAACAAUAAGACAGGUCGUCACCCUUUUAGAAUAAUUAUAAUUUUUGUGUACAUUUUAUAUAACAUCUACAAUAAAUAAUUCACCAUAAUAUUAACGAUAACAAUUCUAACCGAACUAGUAUUACUAUUAUUUAUACGGUUAACAGAAAAUGAAAGCACUCCCUUAAUAUUCGUCGUCUGUAUAUAUUAUUUUGGCGAAAAAUAUGUUAUUCGUAGAGCAUUUAGUUUCCAUACUCAAUGUUAUUAACCACGGUAAAACUAACAAAAGUAAUAAGAAAUCCGAUGUAUCCAAAUUGUUGUAAUCGUACCCGUUUGACUAGUUUAGAAAAUUGGAAACAUUUGUUAUUUUUAUAUUACCUAAAUAUUUAUACCUCUAUCUAACUUCUGAACUAUCGUAUACCCGUAAUAAAGGUGAUGGCUUAUAAUGUAUCCGGCGAAUCUAACUUAACCAUGUCAAUAGAGAAUGCGUAAGUGUUGGGCUUUGUGUGAAUAUUUAGAUUGUACGAGGCAUUAAAAAAUUAUACUAAACUUCUCAGCGGUUUCUUCGGUUUUGGCGUUCCCUCUGUUCCACAUUGACAAUCAAACCAACAGACAGAUUUUGGGAGUAUUCCUCCAAACAUGUUUGUCUUUUUAUCUGGGAACGAGUCUGCAAACAUGUUUCGGGAAUUACGGAUUUAGAUUGAUUUAGGGAAAUAAUUUUCGCCAAUAUAUAGUUACAGGCAGUACAUAGGUGUAGAUAAACAAACUAAUUUAUUACAUAUAUUAAGUGUGACAAAUUUUAGAAUUUUCUGUGUACGUUGUGGAUUUGCAGAUUUUAUUCAUUUGUUCUUUUAUUCAUUAUUAUGUUGUUCAUUAAAGCCAUGUAUAAUUGUAUAUUGAUUUUUAAUUUAUGCAAAUAUUUUUUGUGAAUGAGUGUUUCAGUUAAUAAAGUUUAUUUAACAGUA